AUGGUGGUCGGUCACACGGGCUCUGCUUGCCCCGGAAAAGGAUCGGUUGCUGGGUGUUCUCCUACCCCAACCUAUCUUGAUGUUGGGGGCGGCCCGACCUAUAAGCGCCCGAAAAAAGACGGUCGCCCUGGGUGCCAGAUCAAGCAUCCCAAAGAGGAAGAGAAAAACUUGCCAGAUCCAAGUAGUCCCAACUUCCAAAAUAGACCAACAAGCCGCCGAGGACUACUUGAUGGCUUGGAUGCCAACAAGGAUCCGGUCGCGUUUAGGUCCGACAUCGGCAGCACCAACCGACCAGCCGACCCCUGCCCCGGCCGACGAACCAAACCUACACCACCACCAACCGAACCGGAGGCGGCAGCGGCUUCAACAGAUAGCGAAGCAACUGCUCAACCGAUGGCCAUACUGCCAGUAGAAAUUAUUAAAUCUUUUCACUUAGGUGAAGAGCCGUCCGCCCCGGCUGCAGCCGUCCUGAUUGCAGCCGUCCCUGCUGCAGCCGCCCCGAUUGCAGCCCCUCCACCACCGGAGGCGGCAAGGCAAGCAGCAGAACCGCCUGCUGCCGUCCGUCCGGGAGGUCCCCCACACGAUGUAGAAGAAAUUUCUUCUUCCGAGUCGGAAACCUCUGUUAACCUGGUAAGGGCCCCAGAGUUAAUUUCCACCCACUGGGAUGAUGAUUCUGACUCAGACAUUGGAGGUCCCCCGCAUAUAUCAAUAUCUGAUAAAGAAUGA